UGCCCGCCCGUCCCAUGGGGAAUGUCAACAGGCAGGGGCUGCGCUGCUGAGAGUCACCAUGGCCUCCCAGGCCCACCAGCUCCUCUGCCUUCUGCUUGGGCUUCAGGGCUGCCUGGCUGCAGUCUUCAUCGCCCCGGAGGAGGCCCACGGCGUCCUGCGCAGGCAGCGGCGCGCCUACGGGUUCCUGGAGGAGCUCCGGCCGGGCUCCCUGGAGCGGGAGUGCAAGGAGGAGCAGUGCUCCUUCGAGGAGGCGCGGGAGAUCUUCAGGGACGCGGAGAGGACGAAGCUCUUCUGGAUUUCUUACAGUGAUGGGGACCAGUGUGCCUCAAGUCCGUGCCAGAACGGGGGUUCCUGCGAGGACCAGCUCCAGUCCUAUAUCUGCUUCUGCCCCCUUGGCUUCGAAGGCCGGAACUGUGAGACAAACAAGGACGACCAGCUGAUCUGCAUAAACGAUAACGGCGGCUGUGCGCAGUACUGCAGCGACCGCGCGGGCGCCAGGCGCUCCUGUCGGUGCCACGAGGGAUACUCGCUGCUGGCAGACGGCGUGUCCUGCAUGCCCACAGUUGAAUAUCCAUGUGGAAAAAUACCUAUUCUAGAAAAAAGAAAUGCCAGCAUCCCCCAAGGCCGAAUUGUGGGGGGCAGGGUGUGCCCCAAAGGGGAGUGUCCAUGGCAGGUGCUGCUGGUGCAGAAUGGAGCUAUGUUUUGUGGGGGGACCCUGAUCGACACCAGCUGGGUGGUCUCCGCGGCUCACUGUUUCGACAAAAUCAAGAACUGGAGGAACAUAAGCGCGGUGCUGGGUGAGCACGACCUCAGUGAGCACGACGGGGACGAGCAGAGCCAGCGGGUGGCGCAGGUCAUCAUCCCCAGCACGUAUGUCCGGGGUACCACCAACCACGACAUCGCACUGCUCCGCCUGCACCAGCCUGUGGUCCUCACUGACCACGUGGUGCCCCUCUGCCUGCCUGAGCGGACGUUCUCUGAGAUGACGCUGGCCUACGUGCGCUUCUCGUUGGUCAGCGGCUGGGGUCAGCUGCUGGACCGUGGCGCCAAGGCCCUGGAGCUCAUGGCCAUCAGUGUGCCCCGGCUGAUGACCCAGGACUGCCUGGAGCAGUCGGAGAAGACGGGAGGCUCCCCGAAUGUCACGGAGUACAUGUUCUGUGCUGGCUACCGGGAUGGUAGCAAGGACUCCUGCAAGGGGGACAGUGGAGGUCCACACGCCACCCGCUACCGGGGCACCUGGUACCUGACAGGCGUCGUCAGCUGGGGCCAGGGCUGCGCAGCUGUGGGCCAUUUUGGGGUGUACACCAGGGUCUCCCAAUACACCGAGUGGCUGCACAAGCUCAUGCACUCAGAGCCACAGCCAGGCAUCCUCCGUCGAGCCCCAUUUCCCUAGCCCAGCAUGGAGAGAAAGCUGGGGCUGUGUAGAGAUGUCCUGGCACCAAACCCCAUCGAUUCUUCUGCAGUUCAUGGGGUAGAGGAGGGCAUGGCAGGGAGGGAGGGGCAUGGAGGGAGACAGAGACAGAAAGAGAGACUGAGGGAGACAUUCUGAGGACAUGGAGAGACUCAGACUAUUUUAAUAAAGACACAGAGGGCAUAGAAAGAUAAGAGGCAGAGGCAGGCAGGCGCUAGAUGGAGAGCAGGGGAGUGCCACGGCUGUCCCGGAGGCAGACAGCCCCGCUAGGCCUCCUUGUCUCGCUUCGGCCAAGCCCACCUGCACGUGAUCUGCUGGUCUCAGGCUGCUGCUGUGCUUUCACUGCUGGAGACAGUGGAGUUGUGUACACACACAGAUACAUACACAUACCAAUGCACAUACAGAGAAACGUACACACAGAUACAUGUGCACACAGAUGCACCGAUGCACACACCAGUGUGUGCACAAAUUACGUGGAUGCACACAAACAUGCACACACACCAGUGCCCACAGCUAUGCACACACAUGCAC